AUGGCAGCAUCAGCUAUCUUUUUAAUGGACUCUAAAGGCAAGGUCCUCAUCUCUAGAAACUAUAGAGGUGAUGUUCCAAUGAGUGUUGCCUCAAAGUUUGUAUCUAAACUAUUGGAAGAAGAAGAUAUGAAUUUGAAACCAAUCAUUGAAGAAGAUGGUAUCUCUUAUAUCUACGUUAAACAUAAUAAUCUCUAUUUACUUGCAACAACAGAGAGAAACGCAAAUGCUGCAACUAUAUUACUUUUCUUGUACAAGAUGAUUGAAGUAUUCAAUGAAUACUUUAAAGAAUUGGAAGAAGAAAGUAUACGUGACAACUUUGUCGUCAUUUACGAGUUGAUGGACGAAAUGAUGGACUUUGGUUAUCCACAAUCAACUGAACCAAAGAUUUUACAAGAAUAUAUCACACAAGAAGGUUAUAAAUUGGAACGUGGUGUAAAGGGACCAGUGUUACCAUCAGCUAUUACUGGUGCUGUAUCAUGGAGAAAGGAAGGAAUUAAAUAUAACAAAAACGAAGUAUUCCUUGAUGUUGUUGAAAGCAUCAACCUUUUGGUUUCUGCCAAUGGUACUGUUCUCAGAUCAGAGAUUGUUGGUGCCAUCAAGAUGAAAUCAAAGUUGUCUGGUAUGCCAGAACUUAGAUUAGGUUUAAAUGAUAAAAUCCUUUUUGAAAAUAGUGCAAAGACUGGAGCACCAAAAGGUAAGGGAGUUGAAUUGGAAGAUGUUAAAUUCCAUCAAUGUGUACGUUUGAGCAAGUUUGAAAAUGAUCGUACCAUUUCAUUCAUUCCACCUGAUGGAGAGUUUGAACUCAUGUCAUACCGUCUCAACACUACCGUCAAGCCACUUAUUUGGAUUGAAUGUAUCAUGGAUUCUCAUGCUCACAGUCGUGUUGAAUACCUUGUAAAGGCUAAAUCACAAUUCAAGGGUAAAUCAAUUGCCAAUAAUGUUCAAAUUAUUGUUCCAGUACCACCUGAUGCUGAUUCUCCCAAAUUUAGAUGUACAAUGGGAACUUGCAAAUAUGCACCAGAAAAAGACGCCAUUAUUUGGAAUAUUAAACAAUUCCCAGGUGGAGGUAAAGAAUUCUUAAUGAGAGCUCACUUUGGUCUUCCAUCCAUUUCAAAUGAUGAUAAGCCACAAAAUAAGCCACCCAUUAUGGUUCAAUUCGAAAUUCCAUAUUACACUGUAUCAGGUAUUCAAGUUCGUUAUCUCAAGAUCAUAGAAAAGAGUGGUUAUCAAGCGCUCCCAUGGGUUAGAUAUAAAGCAACCUUUGCCGUUGACAAAUGUCAACAACCAAAUAAAUAUGUCCUCCAGCUCUGUGACCAGGUUUUCAAAUCGCUUGUAGAACACUACCUUGCCUCCUGUGUUUUACAAUCGGUUUGA